GACGGAUUGCAGGAUGGCCUCGGAGACGGAGUCCUCGCUGGAGGCUAGCUUCUCGGCUAGCGGCGCCGCGUCCGGGGCCUCGGUGACCCUGCCGCCCGCUCGCUCCCGCAUCUUCAAGAUCAUCGUGAUCGGCGACUCCAACGUGGGCAAGACGUGCCUCACCUACCGCUUCUGCGCCGGCCGCUUCCCGGACCGCACGGAGGCGACGAUCGGCGUGGAUUUCCGGGAGCGAGCGGUGGAGAUUGAUGGGGAGCGCAUCAAGAUUCAGCUGUGGGACACCGCGGGACAGGAGCGCUUCCGAAAGAGCAUGGUCCAGCACUACUACCGCAACGUCCACGCCGUCGUCUUUGUGUACGACAUGACCAACAUGGUGAGUUUCCACAGCCUGCCAUCGUGGAUUGAAGAGUGCAAACAGCAUCUGCUGGCCAGCGACAUCCCUCGGAUCCUCGUGGGAAACAAGUGUGACUUGCGAAGUGCCAUCCAGGUACCUACAGACUUGGCCCAGAAAUUCGCUGACACACACAGUAUGCCUUUGUUCGAAACCUCUGCUAAAAAUCCCAACGACAAUGACCACGUGGAAGCCAUCUUUAUGACGUUGGCGCAUAAGCUGAAGAGUCACAAGCCUUUAAUGCUUAGCCAGCCCCCUGAGAAUGGCGUGAUCCUGAACCCGGGACCCAAACCUGCGGUGACUUGCUAUUGCUAGUGAAUGGGGUGAUGCCAACUUUGACUCCAGAAAUCCUCCUGCCAUCCGACAAGACGACGGAGGGUGUGAGCGUUGUGUGAUGGGUCAUCCUGACACGCACAUGGGCACGCUCACUUUUGUCUCUUGUAGCUACUUACAUUUGUUUUUGUCACAGCACCGGAGAAAAAUGUGGCUUUUGGGUGAGGUUGAGAAUGAAGCGAAGGUCCGAGGCUGCCCACUGAUGACAGCCAAGGAAGUUUUUAGACGGCUGCUGUGACGGAGCUUGAAGUCACUGGCCACUCAGUCCUGUGUCCCUGGGACCGGAAUAAAUAGGGAGUGUUCAGUAUGUAUUUACGGGCAUGUCUGAGUGGGAAAUGGCCUUAGCCGGGCACAACCCGAUAAUUUGCCUUGCUGGAGUUUUUUUUUUCAUUGUAUUAAUGUGAUCAGUGGCUUUAUGACUGGUACAUUUUAGAGCCAAGACUUUACUUUUGGUGGCAGAGGGAAGGCAUAGAAUGAUUUCAGAGACUUGAUGAAGAAUGACGGAUGACUUUCCUAAGAGUUCUGGGUAUUUGAUAUUUCUAAGUAAUACCAGUUCUACUUAACUUUUAAAGAAUGGGUUAAAUCAUUUUUUUUAACUAAAUUGUAGUGUAGCUAGCAACAGUAAGUCAGAUUUUAAUGCAAAUGAAGUGACAUUACAAGGUGCUUUAUAUUUGAUUUUGGUAACUUUGCCCGGUGUGAAAUCAGUGGUGAAUGGUUGAGUCAUAACUUGGCGUGAUCAGGCUGCAGCUCCUGAAUGCCUGCGUGACUGAUCCGCAAGCUCAGGCUGUUAUCUGGCUGCAUGGCCCUUGUUCUCCCGGACUCCCCAUCAGUCAGUUUAGAGAGUAAAAAUGGGAUUAAUCAUCCUGCAUCUGGAUUAGAUCUUCGAGAGUGGCCCUCUCUCUGCCGAGGCCUAAAAGCAUCUAUCCCUGUAGUCAGGCCUGGCCGCACUAAGCCGGGUUCUUCAGCUGGUUCUGAACAUGCCUGCAGCACCUUGGCCUCACUGCGUGGCUGCUGUCAGAUUAACCCGUGGUUGGUAUGCAUCGAGAGGCCUUUCGCUGUUGCGGAUUGUUCGCAUUUCCGCAUCCCCAUUCAGUGGUGCUGCCUCCCACGGGGUCGCAGCCCACAGUCACGGAGGCUCUAGGUGUGAUAGCGCCACACUUAGAUUCCACUCACAAGAAGCAAGGGAAGAAACCAAGUGGGUAUUGACAAAUAGCUCCUUCAGCCGGCAGAGAGGGGAAGGAUCUUUUCAAAAGUAGCUUACCUGUGCUUUGUGCAAAGAUGGCCAGCUUAUGGAGGAAGCGCCUUGAACUCAGCAUCAGCCACACAUGAUCUUUCUCCACAGGCUUGGUGUUGAGCAUCAGGAGAAAGGAGGCCAGGAGGUGAUCAUGGUAGGCUGUUGGCAGUGUGCGGACUCAGAUUAGAUCUAGUCCUGUACAGACAUUUCUUGAAUCAUCCUGGUGGUCAGAGCUGGAUGAGUUUUAAGAAUCAGAUAAUUGGGGGCUGGAGUGAUAGUAUAGCAGUAGGGUGUUUGCCUUGCACACCGUCCGCCUGGGUUUGGUUGCUGGCAUCCCAUAUGGUCUCUUGAGCACUGCCAGGAGUAAUUUCUGAGUGCAGAGCCAGGAACAACCCCUGGACAUCGCUGGGUGUGACCCAAAAGAAAAAACAUAUUUUUAAGAAGAAUCAGAUAAUUUUAUCAAAUGGACUAGCUGAAAGUCAUAAUCACAGGAAAUAGUUUCUUAGUUUUAAGUACUCCGCGUAAGGAAAAUGUUCAUGUGUAGGGGGAGUAAUUAAUUUUUCUUACGCUGGAGUUAAAGAUUGCCUGACUAUGCAAAUCAGUUUUGAUUUGUAUAUAUUUUUCUAUUGAAAAGUGAUAGCUAUAAUAAUUGUGAUGGGCGUAGCCAUAUUUUAAAGAAGGGAAUCUGUGUACUGCUUUUCAAAACACUUUCUAAAGUAAGGGAAGAAAGUUUACAGACUUUAAGCACAUUUAUGGUCUUUUAGUGCUGUUAUUAAUGGCUUUUU